AUGUUCAGAAAUAUAAGUCCAGAAAGAGCGAUCGAAUUCACGCGAUAUAGCGUGGCAUUGACGUGCUGCUGGCCCGCGCAGGCCAGGUCCCGGGUGACCCGUUUCAAAAUCUGCAGAUGCUUAGUGCUCCUUAACGCGUUUCUUCUGUUUCUGCCUUUGGUGUACUCUUUAUACACGAACCACAACGACUACGUUAAUUUUUCCAAAUCCAUAUGUCUUUUCAUAGCUGUCGUGCAGAUUCUGUGGAACUCGUCCAUCUGCAUCGUUCACCAGAAUAAUUUUCUGGAACUGAUCGCAGAAAUGAAAGAAUGUUGCAAGAAAGCGAAACCCUACGAGAGAUCCACUUAUCAAAGGUACGUCGACAAGUACUCGAUGUUCUACGGAGUGUCUACCAUCUGGUUCUACGUGACAGCGUUAAUCAUAUCCACCGGAACGUUGUUCAUACCACAGCCCUUUCCCACAAACGCGGAAUAUCCGUUCCCCGUGCAUUACCAACCCCUCAAGAGCAUCAUAUUCCUGCACCAAUCCUUUCUGCUGCUGCAAUGCUCCGCGCACGUGUGCAUCAACACGCUCUGCGCUCUGCUGAUGUUGUUCGCUGCCGCCCGUUUCGAGAUCUUAAAAAUCAAACUACGCAAAGUACGGACCUCCAGGGACCUGAUAGACUGCGUGAGAAUGUAUUACAUCGUGAGAAGGUACGCGAAGAGGGUGUCGACGGCCGUCCGGUUUAUAGCUUUGGUUACGGUAACCAUGUGCGGAGUGGUGCUCGUAUUUUGCGGGGUUAAUUUCAUCGAAAAACAGCCGUUCACGGUGCAAGUGCAGUUUCUGUCGCUGGCGGGGACUGGGCUGAUCGAGGUCUUCAUGUUCGCUUGGCCAGCUGAUCAUCUGCUACAUCUUAGUCAAAAUACUAUGCAAGUUAUAUACGAGUCACUGUGGUACCUAAGGUCUGCGAGCAUGCAGAGAGACAUAGCGAUCAUGAUGCUGCCCCAAGCGCCAGUAGCUAUUAAAAUAGUGUACAUCAUUCCGAUAAUGUCACUGAACUACUACUGCUCGUUUGUCUCGAACGUACUCUCCCUCUUCACCGUUCUACGAGCAACGAUAAAGACCGAGCACAAUUAA